GUACUUUGGUCAUCGGACUUCGAACGAAGAUGUUUGAUAAUCAUUGUUUUGAUCUUGCACAAAAAUGAGUAUGAACAGAAUAGCUAUCAGAACAAACAAAGGAGAUUAUCUUGGAGGCGAGAAAGUCUACGGGUAGGAAAAAUAUGUUAAUUGUUAUAAUGACUAGUUCAUAAGUACAUGUAACAGGAUCGUGGAUUACGUUUUCGAUUUUAUGCACGCGCGUGCAUGCUCAAACGUUCAUUUUCAUUUCGUGUUCACAUGUUUGGUCAACAUGCUUUCCAGAGACAAAAUGUCGUUUUAAUGCCGAUAGGGUUUCGACACUGAAUUUAACAUACGGACCUUUUUUCCUUUAACUGGUAAUAUGGGGUUAAUUGAUUCAGGUGUUAAUGUUUGAUGAUAUAAAUCUACAAAACAAAAAAUUAAUGAAUUUUUUAAGUAGUGAAAAUCCAUUAACUUUGGCUUAAGCUAUAGCAUUUUCCUUGAUGGGUUGAGGCUUGGGUGGAAAAUAUCAUGCAAAUCACCACAUUAAUUAUUUAUGUCUCUUGGUUCCUCGGGAAAUAGCGUAGGAAAAGUUGAAACAUGGGUAGAAUUUCUCAUCACUAGAGAUAUAAAGCUGCCUUACAUCAGCCAUUAAAACCAGGAAGAAAGGAGCCAAAGAAAGAGUACAGAUGUUUACAAUAUUCACUAUUGGUAUUAAAAAGCAAAAUUGAACAAACCAAAUCAUUCGAAGGGUCACUUAAAUUCAGUUGAAAAUUGCUCUAAAUCAAGGGCCUUACUGUCUGGUUCGGUCUCCCUGCCUCAGCAGUGAAAGAGCUCUCAAAUUAUCUUUGUAGGACAGGGCUAUCAUUAAGAGCUGGGAGCAGGGGAUUACUGUGUGACUAUUAUGAAUGUGGCCCCUGGCUACUUUCAUAGGAAAAUAUAGGAAAGAUAGAACCAAAAGAAAUCCCUAGCUGUUUAAUUCCUGACCUUCUUGUUGUAUUUACCUGGCAACUUGAAAUCUUAGUGACAACCCUGGGUAACAUAGUACUAAAAACACUGUAUUCACUCUUUUCAUCAAGACCAUAAUGUACCAUUAUGGUCGUGGUGAAAAGUGUGAAUAUGGGAGCCUGAUUAUAAGGGAGAGUCUCAAACCUUCACACCUUCUUUGGGUCGGAAAAUGAGGGGAGAUCUGGGCUCCUCCUCUAGAUCCACCAUUUUAAGGAGUCUUCGUUGGGGGCAGUUUUCUCAGCACCAUACUUUCAACCCAGUCUUGCAUCUUUAGAUGUCACUUCUAAACUCACUCAGUUACAGUUACUGUUACAGUUUGUCAGUGGUCUGUGCUUUUGUCUGUAGUGGCAAGUCUUUUACUUACCUCUGUCAUUUUUUGUCAUUUUAUUAUUAAUUUUACAGAACAGUCUAUCUAUGGAUUUGUGGUACUGAUCCAUGCAGAGGAGUAAAACUCAAAUUUAGAGGAUAUGAAAAAUGUGAGCAAUGAAAGUUUGUUUCCCUCAUACUCACAAAUAAUUUUAAUUUAAUUUAAUUUAAUUACUUAUAUUGCGCAGGUAUUCAUAAAAAUGAUCAAAUGAACAUUACAUUAGUAAUAAAAGCAUCAAAAAAUAAAACUACAAACCUAUUUACAAUAAGUAAAACAAUAAGAAUAUAUAUAUAAGAAUAUAUCUUCUGCCAUAAAAACCUAAAAUAUGUAACAAUUAAAAUUCAUUCAACCAUAUAAGCAAACUUAAAAAGGUAUGUCUUAAGAUUGCUCUUAAAGUAAGAGUAAGUUUGACUCUCUAUAAGACGAACACCUCUGUAAAAUGGACACCUAGAGUUGGUCCCUUCCUUUCUUUACUCCCUUUACUUGACUCUCUAUACGACGGACGUCACUUUUAGAUGGACACAAAGUGUAGAUCCCAAAGGUGUCUUCUGCUUAAGAAAGAGUUGACUGUAUACAAUACUAAGAUCACUGACGACUCACCUCUCAGUGACACAUUUUGCAAGGGUUUCACACAAAUUUUUCAACUAAAAUUUGAAAUAGAGUGAUUUCAAGUAUUAAUCUUGGUGCACAUAAUUUCAUACCUAGAUAUCUUGAGGACCGAGCCAAAGGUGAGAUCUGGUAAAAUCUCAAUUGUACACAUGAUCUUCUGUCGGGAGUGUAAUGUGUGACAGGGAAUGUAAGGGUGUACUCCUGAAAUUAUUCCAGUGUGGAAGAAGUGCCAAUCGGAGAAUUUUAUAGAGCUGUAGAAAUUUUCUUUAAUAAAACUUGGAGUGCUAAAAGACUUCACUGGAUCAAGAUGAAAGGGUCACCUGUUUAUGAUUUGGAUUGAGAAAAUUCCAAAACUUAGUAAUAAAUACACUUAACAGUGUGGCUUAUCUUUUUUUAGGUGAAUGGGAAUACAGAGAAGUUCAUCAGGAUGAGGCAACUCAAUUGCCAGUUGAACAGAUUGGAACAAAGAAUUGCAGGAAGGACAUGUUCAGAGCUGAGCUGAGACUCAUAGAAUAUCCAGGUAAUUAUCAAACAGCAAUGUGCAUUAAAAAGCACAUGUGAUUUGUAUUGUACAUUCAAUAUUCAUAUUUUUGGUGUAAAUAUCCAAAAAGUAAAAAGUGGGAAAGAAACUAUAUAAGUUACAAGGAAAGUUAAGAAAAUGAAAUUACAAUUGGUCAAUGAUAACACUUUUAAGAAAAUGCCCAUAUUUUGUAAAGAAGACAACAACGAAUAAAGGAGGUACCAGAGGAAGUGAAGGAUCCUUGGAAGCAUAGUGAAAACAUAUGAGUUUGUUAUCGUUUCGCAGACAUCCUACAAGAAAAGUACCUUUUAAACUUUGUUUUAAGGAGGGCUGUUUGCAUUCCAGGUAUUUCCCAUGAAUGUUUUUUUAUUUAAGGAGGCAGUGUGGCAAAGUGUUCAUCACGUCAGACUCUCACAAUCUGGCAGUCCCGGGGUCGAGUUUCAUUCUAGCCACUUGCUGGAUUUGUUCUCGGUCUUCCCGUGUUCAAAUCCUUGGCCACGAUUGUAAAUAGCCAACUGGUUACCUCCAGCUGCCAAUUGGGGUUUUUAAUCCUGUUAUGUUGUAUUUGAACUAUUUGUUUCUAAGUAUUUGAGUGGAGUGCCUGUAAACUAGCUGGAUAAGGUAAGUGCACCUUCCUUUAUAAAGAAGCCCUUAACCUUAAACCUUUAUCUGAUAUUAAUAACCAGGCAUUUUUUUGUAGAUGGAAUACCUAUGGGAUGUUAUGCUUAUCCAUUCCAUUAUACCCUUCAGCAAGGUCUACCAGGUUAGAUAAUUUUGGAAUGCUCUGUUGGCCCUCUUUAAUAUCUUUCUAGUUGUGAACCUUUUAUUCAAUUUCUUUGAUAACCAGCUUCAUUUGAAGCCAAUGGAAACCAGGCAAAUGGAGACAAGUGGAAAGCAGAAAUCACUUACAAAGUUAUAGCUGAGGUUGACAGACCUGGAUCUGACGAAGAUCUGAAGGUGAGGUAUAAUUUAUUAUUAAUCUGUCUUCUUACCACAAAAAUUUGGUUUUAUUGUCUACCAUGAAAAGAUUCAAGAGCUAAUGUUUAGUGUGGUACGUACCCCUUUGUCAAAGCAAGUCAAGGGUUUGUGGGUUCUAUGUGUUUUACAUGAAUGUGUGGCCAAUAUAGCUACUCCAGUGAUUUUGUUACCUGUAUGUCCUGCCUCCCUGAUGCAAAAAUAUCCCCAGAUGCAAAAUGAUUCAUGGCAAUGCAUCCCAUAGGAUGCAAAGAUCAAUCAUUUCAUCUGAGGAUGUUGUAAUUUGUAGAAUAUCCUGUUCGUGUGAUUUCUGUGGCUGUCCUGGGUGUUGUUUAAAACGAUGCAUAUUUUUCUUUUAGUCUUUGUUGUUUUUUCAAUCUAUAGACGGAAUAUAACAUUAUUUUUAUUUCUGUCAGUGACUUGUUUAAUACAGAGUUUUGGAGUCUGUCUCCAGAUUAACUGUCUGGUUACAUAAAGGCCCAAGGAUUUUCAGUUUAGGACUUGUAGUUUUUUUGAACUGGAUUCAUUGGCUCUGCAAUGAGACUCAUGAUUUCUCUCAAGAUGAGUCCCCGGACUCACGUGACCAUAACUAUUUGCAACAAAAUCACUGGCUACUGUAUUGGUGGUAAGCAUGCAUUGUAAAAUGGAAAACAAGAUAAAAUUAGCUGAAUGAAGAGUUUUCAUUGAUUCAGUGCACCCCCGAACUUUAAAUAGAGUGUUGUAUUUUGGCAUCAGGAGCAAAAGCUAGAGUAAACCCUUGUGACUUCUUACCAAGAUUUUGGGUAGUUUUGUUUUGAUCCUUUUGGGCAAAUAGUGAGCUGGAAAUAGCCUAAAAAAUUGGCAGAAUCUCCAGUUGUAUGUUAGGGGGAAUGAAAUGCCGGUCAUUGCCGUUGUCUAGAGAAUACAACAUUGAGUAAUCAGUAUCCGUUGACUGGAAAAACAUUUUUUGGUCAUAAGUGGAUGCUCUGAAACUCUGUAUUUAAGCUUGAGCAAUUCAAAAACAAACUCCAUUUGCACAAAUUAUGAAAUUGUUCCAACUUUUAAUGAGAGUUUAAUAUUUGUAGUACACCGUGACACAUUUAUGACUGAAUUUCUUAUUAUUUUGUGUUAUGUUGAGGCUUCACAAGUCAUCACAGUGAAUGAAAACCUUCCCCUUUCACCUGUUGAGCCUGAGACUGUGACAGAACGAAGAACUGUUAAAAUGUGUUGCUGCAUUCCAAAAGGAGAUGUUUUGCUUAAUUCCUGGUAUGUCUUUGGUUCCUUGUCUGCUGCAAAAUAAAAUUAAGCAUCUCAUGCCCAUUAAAUUUAUUUUUGGAUACCUUCUCAAAAAUUAUCUUAUUUUUUGGUUCAAGAAACUGAGUUGUCCACCAUUUCAAAAUCAUAACCAGCCACAAAUGUCUUGUAAUUUAACAAUUUAUUUUAUUUGUAUUGAAGUCCUGCAUGUCAUGUAGAUGUUUUAAAAUUAAUGAUGUCCAGGAAACAUUCACUAGAAAAGUGCAAGACAUCACAACUUGAAUAAUGUGCACAUGCUCUUCAACUACACAGUUUAACAGUUAUGUACCUACCUCAGUUAACUAGUAAUAUUAUUAUUAUUACUACAACAGUUACUGUCCCCAUUCAACAGAAAAGUCUUAGAUGCUGAUGAAUUAUUGCAACUGAAGAUGUUACAAACUACUUAUUAAUUGAGAGUGAGGUUAUUAUAGGGAAAUCUCAGACAAAGGCCUUGAUGUAUUGACUUCACUAUCGCUCAGUCAAUACAUCAAGGCCUUGGUCUGAGAUUUCCAUGUAAAUAUGACUGAACUGAUGAGGUUAAUAAGUUAGUUAUUAUAUGGCCUGUUCAUUAUGGACCUGAGUCUGUAAUCAAUUAAAACCAACAACAACUAUAAAAAAAACAGGUCACCUGAAUGAGUUGUACAGUUGAGCCUACAAUAUAGUCUGGUCACACUGGUCUGUGGGUGCCCUUUUUGACAGCUGUCAAUUGACCAUAACAUGUAUGUCCAUAAGGAUAUCCACUAUCAAGUUAUACACAGAUUGAAUACACCUACAAGAAAAUAGCCAAUCAGAGCGUGCGUACUAUUGUAGCCAUAUAAUAAUAAACAAUGAUUGUUCUCUUUCUUUGGCUCAAGGCUGGAAAAAAAGGUUUACACAUCUGGUGAAUCAGCUGUACUACAUGUUGAUGUUAAAAACAACUCUAAUGUGGAUAUUGAUGCUUUCAUCAUUAAGGUAGCCAAAUAACAUGCUUUUUUGACAUUCAUUUCUUUCAUUUUAGUUGUAGUGUCAUUUGAUUUUUAUUCAUUGUUUUCCUUAAAGUUGCAGCAACAUCUAAAAUCUUUAAAGCUACAUGUCAUUUCCCUGUUUUUUUUUUUAUUUUGUUUUGAUACAUUAAAUGUAUGACCAAUAUUUGUUUUAUUUUUUGUGGUGUAUUUUUUAAAUGGUAGCUUAUUAGAGUGGUAAAUCUCAGACCUCAAGACAAAGAGCUGUCAUCAUCUGUCAGCAGUCAUGAGAGCAGACCAUCCAUGCAGUCAGUGAGAAUCCCUGUUAUUAUAGACACUAUGCUGCAGAAGUCAUUGGAUGGUUGUCAGGGAAAGCAGCUCCGAAACUUGUAAGUAACUUUAAGCCAAGACUUUGUCUUUAAUAACUAACCAAAGACCUAAGAGUUCCAUACCAUUAUUCUUCCCGUAUUUUUUUUGCCAAAAAUGGUGCAAAUUCAUUUAUCAAGAAAGGAACUUUAAAAUGGAUCUCCAUAAAAAUAUUUAAAGGUCAUAACUGCAAACAAAUACAAAUUAAAUUAAAUUUUUUGUCAUUAAUAAUAAUUAAAAUCUACGGUUGAGUUUUUGUGCCAUCAUUGACAUGUGCAGUUCCAAACUCCCGAAAAUUGGUGACAAUCUUCUUCAUAUUGCUUCAGGGAAUUACCUCUUGAUCUAUGGGAGGAGUCUACACGGGCAGAAUUUCAGCCUUCUACAAAUGGUUUGAUCAUAAAGGUAAACAAUGAUAAUUUACUAAUACACAGUAGCUGGAGAGACUGUAUUGAUUCUGAAAUGGGAGGUGUGAGGUGGAGGACAGAGUCACCCAGUGGCUAUUUACACAAGGUUAUAGGAUCAAUUUUCUAUGAUGACAUUGGCAAUAUUUUAUUGGCACUUGACUCUUGUUGAGUUUAAAUGUGAAUCCACAUAAUUCAGCCUGCACUGCAGAUGGAACUAAACUUCUGCUUUAGUCCAUCUGAAAAGCAGCACCAAGAUCCGAGUUCUGGGCCCCAGUUGUGUACCAGGAUUUGAGUACUUGCCAUGAUCGCCCUGCUAAAAAAGCCGUUGCUGAUUUGCCAAUCAGGCCCGGGUUGCUAGAAGCAUGGUUAGUGCUAACCAGCAUUAAAUACCAUGGAAACCUAUACAUUUUGAUACCUCUUAACCAACGGUUAGCACUAACCAGGCUUCGAGCAACCGGUCCCAGGUUGAAAGGAAACUCAAAAUGUAUUUCCAGUAAUUUGUUGAGCCCGUUGGGGGCCUAGAACAAAGAUGUCCAUGUUGUUUAAAUUACCUCUGCGAUGCAGGGUAACAUAAUUAAAGUGUUGCAAAGAUACCGGUUGAUCAGCACUUCCUCAGGAGAAAAAAAAAGGAGGAAGAGAAGGGAUAGUUUAUUCAAAGGAUCUGGAAUUUUCAAUCUUUUCAAUCUGAGUAGGGUCUUUAUUUGAGGAUUUACAGUACUAUAUAACUUUCCAUGCAAGGGUACUAAUGUCAUAAAUCUGUUUUGUUCUUAAUGUUUUAGAGUAAAUACCAUGUUGAUGUUGAGAUGGACAUUAAGUGGGCACAGCCCAUCUCUGUUCAGUUGCCUGUAACAUUAAGAGCACCUCCAAACCAAUCGGUGAGCCACAUUUUAUUACUUUUUCUUGUUAGUGAACAGGGACAAGUUGCUUGAAGCCUGGUUAGCUCUUUUCCUUAACAGAACAUUUGAGUUGCCAUGGCAACUAAACCUGGACUUUAGCUAAUCAACUUCUGAACAAUCGGGCCCUGGUCACCCUUAAUUUGUUUAUUGUGUCUGUCAUGUCAUGUGGAGUUUUUGCUUAGUUAAUACUUUUUUUUUAUUAUUUGUCAGUGGAGUGAUUGGGAACCACCUCCCUGGGUGUACAACUGUCGUGUAAUUAAGAUCACUGGUCCUUGUGCUGUCCCAGAGCAUCUAUUAGGUAAGUACCCUCCAACCCCUUGUAGUCCAUAUGUGAAGUUUUUUCAAACUUAAGCAGAAUCACAUUUUUAAGUUUUUUUUUGAGACUUUUGAUAACCAGUCAGUUGAAAGAGUGCUGCCCUCAGACUACAAAGCAUGUGUCAAAAGUUGAAAAGAAUUUUAAUGAAUAUAUGGAAAAGUACUGAAGUAUACACAGCUUUUCUUUUUAUGGGCCACGCAUUUUGGAAAGAGAACAUUGAAAACAGAGUAAUUAUUGGGAUCAAACGUUUUAAAUUGUUGUCUAAGGAUGACAACGGCCUAUUUGAAUAAAAUAGGUCUUAAAAUGAGGGAAUGACGUUUCAAAGAACUUAGCUCCUCCUAGGGUGUGGCCAUGUCCCUCACUCCACUUUCCCCUUCCCCCAAGGAAAGUACACUUCUGGGGCAUAUUUUUUGCCUUACCAGCCAUGAAUGGUCCCUUACUUUCUGAGCUUACAGGGAGAACACUGCACACUAAUGCGUUUUCAAAAGUAUGCAUUUUGUUGUCAUGAUCAAAAACACGUAGAUCCAGCCAUGUCCACAUUACUUUUGAAGUGUUUUUGACCAUCCACACCAACACAUUCGAAAACGAUAGAAUUGUAUGUUGUGAUGUCAGUUGAAGUCUAUGCACAUGCUAAAAACACAUGCAAAUAAUGUGCAUGCAAUAGUUUUGGUCAUCAUUUUCACUUUGAUGCAUUUUCGACCGUUUUUGACCAUCCACACCAAUACAAUAUGUAUCAAUUUUGUUUAUCCACUUGCAAGAGCCUUUCAAAUCGAUGUGUUUUCAAUGAAAACGCUCAGCAUACUGGUCUUAAAUUACUAGUGUGGAUGGGGCCUCAGCCAAAAUCCUUAAUAAUAGUUAUGUUUAUUAGAUCACCUGUUUUUAGCCUCUUUUGUUUGUUUUCUUUUCUAGGUUCCAAAAUGUUUGCCAACAUCCCAGGGAUCCAGGCAGACCCUUUUUGAUAAUUUUUUUAAAAUUGUAUUACAUAAUAAUUAAUUAAAUUAUGUAUAAUAUGAUAUAAUAUUACCUUGCAGACCUUAUUAGGUCAAUUACACUUGAUUUCAUACUUAGUGGAUUGAAUUUUUACCGAAGUGAUCAAUAAUUGUUUAAUGUCAAUUCAUCGUUCCCCCAGCAAUGCUUAGUAGCUUGCCAUUAGUACCUGUAAUAGAAGAAUGUAAUUAUUAUUUUCUUCUUCAAAGGAACCUAAAAUAUUUAGUGUAAUUCACGAUAUUCACAUGGCAUGGCAUUGGUAAUACAUAUACAAAUAUUGCGUUUAAACUGACAAUUUUCUUGCAAUUUGUUUAUUUUCCAGGGAUAUUUUUAAUAGUAAAUCUGAGGUAGUACAGUUUUGUUUUUGUUACAAACAAGAAGGGUUAGUAGAAAGAAUUUUUUUGUGUGCUACAGUUUUUUAUAUUUGCCCAGAGCUCUGGGGACCUGGCUAGUGCAAGCGACAUCUCAAUUGUUGCACCCUGAUUGGGUUUGACUUGCAUCUGUAACUGUAAUAAUG